AUGUCUGUCUUUAAUAGCUCUGCCCUGUACCCUCGCUUCCUUCUGACAGGACUCUCAGGCCUGGAAAACAGAUAUGGCUUGAUUUCCCUCCCCAUUUUCUUGGUUUAUGCCACCUCAGUUGCAGGGAACAUUACCAUCCUAUUUAUCAUCAGAACUGAGCCUUCCCUCCACGAACCAAUGUACUACUUUCUAUCAAUGCUGGCACUUACCGACCUGGGCCUAUCCACUACAACCUUGCCUACCAUGUUCAGUGUCUUCUGGUUCCAUGCUCAGGAGAUUUCCUUCAAUGCUUGUCUGGUCCAGAUGUACUUCAUUCAUGUUUUCUCAAUUAUUGAAUCAGCUGUGCUGUUGGCCAUGGCCUUUGACCGUCUUGUAGCAAUCCGAGAGCCCCUGCGCUAUGCAGCCAUUCUAACCAAUGGCGUAAUCAUCGGGAUUGCGUUUGCAAUUGCUGGAAGGGCCUUGGUUCUGGUCUUUCCAGCUUCUUUCCUCCUAAAGAGGCUUCAGUAUCAUCCUGUCAACAUUCUCUCCUACCCCUUCUGCCUGCACCAGGACCUCAUAAGGACAACCGUAUCCAGCCGUUGGAUCAGCAGCAUCUAUGGCCUCAUGGUGGUUAUCUGCUCCAUGGGACUUGAUUCAGUGCUCCUCCUCCUCUCCUAUAUCCUCAUUCUUGGCACAGUGUUGAGUAUAGCCUCCAAGACAGAGAGGGUGAAAGCCCUUAAUACCUGCAUCUCCCAUGUCUGUGCUGUACUCACCUUCUACACACCAAUGAUCGGGCUAUCUAUGAUCCAUCGCUAUGGGCAAAAUGCCUCCCCAAUCGUCCAUGUGCUCAUGGCCAAUGUCUACUUGCUGGUUCCACCCCUCAUGAACCCCAUUGUCUACAGUGUCAAGACUAGGCAGAUCCGAGACAGAAUCCUCAGAAAAUUCAGGCAACAGAAAAUUUAA